UAAUCGAGCACAAGCGGCUUUUGUAAACAAACAACAAACACGUUCUGCCGCUGCAGUGUACUUUCGAUUCUUGUGAUUUUAACGAUAUUAUAUCACUUAUCUUUUAAAUGUCGUUAUUUCCCGCGUACAACACCGCCCCGCAGGCAUCAAAGAGCGAAUCAGCUAUUAACAGCAGCGCACCAUCCGAACUCGCCUGGCUUACGAAUCAAAGCUUCAUUCCUUUUGGAGCGUCGAUUGAACAUGACGAAACGGAAUCCGAACAGUCCGCGCUAGAGGACAAUCAAUCGGGCAAAGUCGAUACCGAAAGGCACGACGAUACGGAAGCCAAACCAGACCGAACUGAACCUCAUUCAUCGAAGCGUCACAAAAGCAAACACAAAAAGAAACACAAGAAAAAACAAUCUAAACGAAAGCGCAGCUCUUCUUCCUCGUCUGACGGUACGGCCGAAGAGCAUGCAAAUGCAGCUUUAGCACUUCCGGCAGCUGGUUCCACCCAUGUUUCCGAAGCGGAAUACUACACCGAUGUGGACCCGCUGAAGAUUUAUCUCACCGUUGAGAAGCUGCACCGACCCGCCUGCCCCCGGUAUCGUUUGGGAACGCUAAAAGCACUCGGAGCACGUACCAGCAAUUCGGAUGGCGGAAAAGACCGUUACAAGCGUUACUUUAGAGCGGUGAAAGCGAAAGAACGUGACCAUAGCAACGCAAGUAAGGUGGUGCAGGAAGAAAUAUUUGCCCGAGAAGCGGAAUUGGAACGUUCCAUCCGGGUGGAAGAAACGGUGGACAGGUGGAUUGAGCUGGUGCGUUUUCGACAGGAUCAUCCGAUCCAUUUCGAUAGCUACCAGAACCACAAGCGGGAGCUUUCGCUGAUCGAACGAGCGCGCCGUCAUUUUCCGUUCGACGAGCGGCUUUUGCGGCUGUACCUGGAAGCGAUUGUGCGCGUACAUCCGACCGAUACGGUGCUCGACCUAAUACGACGCGCCAUCACGAAAGACGAAACGAACGUAACGCUCUGGAGGGCGCUGAUACGCAACAAGCAGUGUGCGAUGGCGCAGUGCAUCGUGCCGGAUGUGCUGAAACUGUACGAGCGGAGCACACGCUCCCUGUUUAUGGCACGGCGUAGCGACGAAACGAUGCUGCAACUGUUUCGGAACUGUGCCACGUUCUGUCGACAGGCGGGCCUCUGCGAGCUGAUGUUCGGAAUGCUGCAGCAUGCACUGGGGAUGAACGUUAGCGGACAGCGGUUCGGCGGAACGGAUGGUUUGUUUGCUUCGCCCGAGCAUUCCCAGCAGCUGAUCGAGUACGAGGAACUUAUCCUGAGGUCGGGCCUACCGAUGAAUGAAAUAUGGUUGCGGGUGGAGCUGCUGCGCAGUGCCUUCCACUACCUUCCCUUCGAGGGUGGACGGUUGGCCAGCGAUCCACAGCGCAUGGUGCUGACGGACGACGUUGUAGGAUACGUCUAUCCGCUCAUAAACAAGGCGUACGCGUUCGAGCUAAUGCUUGCAGCGCUAAAGUUGAUGAAAUUCCCGUUCCCACGGCAGUACGACGAGGAGGAAGCGUAUGAGGUGGAUUACUCGGAACAGCUGUUGCCACUGUUUUUGCACGUGUUUCGGGAUCGAUCGUUAGACGGCGAACUGUACGCGUUCGUAAAGCAGCUCAGCGUCGCACCUUCGUACAUAAGAGCGAACAUUGCCCACGAAUCGUACCUGGAGCUGGUACGCAAAUGUCUGGCUCUAGCUAUUGACCACUUCGAGGGACCGCAGAGUGCAACGUUGCUUACGCUCUACCUACAGCUCGAACGAAUACUGGUCUGUGAGGAAAAAGCAACAUCAUCUGGCUCCGCGGAGAAAACAAUCCUCGAGGAAGGAAAAGCGAAACCGGUACGGACGAGGGUGAAAAACCUGCUAAAGCACACGCACAGCUCAAAUCAGAACAGUCUUCUCGUGUACGCAGAAUACGGACUGUUGGAAUACGAAAUGUCCGGGCUUAGUGGAGCGUGUAGGAAAAUAUUUUCCACCUCGGUGCAGGUGUACUGUGCCAGUGAGCAAUCCGACCCAUCCGAACCCGAGGCGGAUAACGAUCUGUUCCAUCUCGUGCUAACGAUGGUUGAACUGUUACUCGCGAAUGGGCUUAAGGAUGAAGCGAUUCGAGCUCUAACGAAUCUGGCGCUGAAGAAAGAUGAUCUUACCUUCGAUAGCAAUGCGCCACCGACGACAGUCCCUGACACGAUUAAGCUUUCCGCACUGCAGAAAUUUAGCGAUCGAGUUAAUCGAGCGGUGCGAUACGAAUCGCAGCCAGAUUUGGUUACCGUCACAACCGUAACCGAGCUUCAUUUCAGUCGCAAUGCGAUGAUAAACUCCAUCAAAGCGUACGUUACGUAUCUCGCGCUCAUACGAUCAAAUCUGUCCGAAGCAACGAAGCAGCUGGAAACGUUCCUGUACCUCUUUAACGAUCCCUCCAAUCCGCGGCAAACGUUUCUCCGGCAGCAACUGUUCGAGAUCUACAUUCAACUGUACGAGAUCGCGCGACUGGGCAGGAAACAGGCCCAUUGCCCACCGACGGAAAACCUUCGCACCUUUCUCGACAUCAUCGACCGUACGCUGAACGAGUUCCCUUCCAAUCUGUACGCCCUGCGCGCGGUGGUGUUUAACGACAAUCUUCCCUGGCUACGGUUGCGAGGCGUGCUCGGCAAACAUCUCACACCGAAGGCGGUGCUGUUGCUGGUCAUUGCUGCCCGGUACCGGGAAUCAUGUACGGCAAAUGGCUCGCUGCUGGAAGAAUUCAUCCCCACGGAAGCAUCACCUUACAAGCAGCGGAUACUGAACCUGCUCGGAGGUGUACUGAAAUGUUCCAAGACGGACAGUGAUUCGGUGCUGUAUCGAAACGCACUGCUGUGGAGGCUGUAUCUGCGGGAACUGUUCGAUCAACCGAACGCACCACCGGGCUACAGUGUGCUGGAACAGUGCCGCAGAACGUUGUACGCCGCGCUCGAGGCAUGCCCGUGGAACAAAGCACUCUAUCUGGAUGGGGCUUCCUGUGCACCGCAGGAACUGUCGGCGCUGCUUGACCUGAUGGUGGAAAAGCAGCUAAGAGUGCACGCAAUCCCGGAAGAGUUGGAAAUUUUGCGCGAAGGCUGAACCAAAUCCCAUUCUGACGAUUACAAUCAAGCCGCCCCGUUUAUUAACCCCAUUUCGUCGAUCGGUUUUCGAGCAUAUGUAAUGUAAUCUACGCUGAAUGGUGUACACUGACGAGUGGUACGGCGAAUAGAUUUAGGGGGGGGGCCGCCUGACUGAAAACUAGCGUGUGUAGUAGUAUCUCAUCUUGGCCUGCUACUGUUACGAACCGGUGAAUGAGAAAACGUUAAAACAAACAACA